AUGAGCGUGAACGACGAAGGUUUGAUCCUGAUUUCGCUUUGGUGCGUUAACCUAAUGUGGCUCAAGCUCCAUGGAUGCUGUGAGAUAAUGGAGGUAGGAAUGGCCGCUGUUGGCGAAAACUACAAGGCGUUGAAGAAGCUAUCUUGCGCUUCGUGCGUGUUCGGCAUUAAGGGAAUCAACGCUGUCGUUAGCCGUUGCCAGGGUUUGGAAGAGCUCUCCGUUAAGCGGCUGCAUGGGGCCCACGAUGGCGAGGAGGUGGUUGGUUUCGGAACGACGUUGGUGACUUCUGUUUACUUAAAGGAGAUCGAUGACACCCUUGAGAAGAUUGGGAACCUCCAUGCUGCAUUAGUUGAUGUUCACCUUGAGAAGAUUCAAGUUAGCGAUGUGGGUCUUGUGGGUUUGUGUAAGUGUUUGAGUUUGGACACUUUGCACAUUGUGAAAAUCGCUGAGUGUUCAAAUGUGGGUCUCAAUCUAGUUGCUGAGAACCGCAGGAUGUUGAGGAAGCUUCACGUUGAUGGGUGGAGAACCAAUAGGAUUGGUGAUAAUGGUUUGAUUUUUUUUGCCAAACAUUGCAUUAACUUGCAGGAACUUGCUUUGAUUGGUAUCUAUCCAACAUCUUCGAGCCUUGAGGCAAUUACUUCCAAAUGCAAGGAUUUGGAGAGGUUGGCACUUUGUGGGCUUAAUACCGUUGGUGAUGCUGAGAUUUAG